UUGUUAUUUUAGACGACGUUCACGGCGCUCCGACGUGACUCAAACGUGUAACACAAGUUAGUUUUUAGCCAUUACUCUCCCGGUAGCUCGAUUUGACCCUCUAUUUUGCUGUGUAACGGGGUCGGACGGGUACUUAAAGUCGACUUGAAGGCUAUCUCGACGCUGAAUGUUGAAGACAAGUGUUUGAAAGCUGCUGCUGCUGCCGGAAACUCCUGCCCUCCUCUAAGUGACUUGAAUGAUGACUUUUGUUGCGAGAAGCAGCUGUUAGGAGCCCAAGAUGAACCUGAGAGCCGUGUCGCUGAGAGCCCUGCUGAUCCUGGGGCUCUGCCACACUGGGAGGAGAAGUCUAGCCUCAUCUCCAGGGCUAAGAGACCAGCCCAAGAAGAUAGCUGUGGUUGGAGCAGGCAUUGGCGGCACAGCGGCGGCAUACUUCCUGAGGCAGGAGUUUGGAAAAGCAGUGAAGAUUGACGUGUUUGAACCGGGGACUAUCGGUGGGCGACUUGCCACUGUUAAAAUAGGCGAUUACGAGUAUGAGACGGGAGGCUCUGUCAUCCAUCCUCUAAACCUCCACAUGAAGCACUUCAUUGAUAAAUUGGGUAUACCUCAGAGGAAGGAUGUCCCAUCUAAAAUGGCCAUCUUUGAUGGAAAGGAGAUCACCUUUGAAGAGAGUGACUGGUUUAUUGUGAAUUUCUUGCGCUUACUCUGGCGAUAUGGGUUCAACUUUCUCCGAAUGCACAUGUGGGUGGAAAGUGUUUUAGACAAAUUCAUGAGGAUCUACCAGUACCAGCAGUUUGGUUACUCCUUCUCCAGUGUGGAGAGGCUCUUGCACGCCAUGGGCGGUGAUAGUUUCCUUACCCUUGCAAAUCAGACGCUGGAGGAAGCGAUGCUGGCGGAUGGAUUUUCUCAGGUCUUUCUCAACGACAUCGUGGCGCCCAUCACUCGCGUCAACUAUGGCCAAAGUGUCCGCAUCAAUGGCUUUGUGGGGGCGGUGUCAUUAGCAGGGGCAGAUUCAGGGCUGUGGGCAGUGGACGGAGGUAAUAAAAGAGUGUGCUCAGGACUGCUGUACCACUGCAAAGCUGAACUCAUCCCUGCCCGAGUGACCUCCAUUUCAGUCAAGGUUCGGCCGUCCAAGUCAGGUACCACAGCCAGUUUCUACGAACUCAAUUAUGUUGGGGAAUCUGGCUCAGCACACUCGCUGUAUGACAUAGUGGUAAUAGCCACACCGCUUCACCUGGGUAAGUCUGACAUCACCUUCUCAGGCUUCUCCCCGCCAAUCCCAUCUCAUUACCCCGGCCGAUACCACCAGACAGUGUCUACUUUGGUCCGUGGCCUGCUGAACGUGUCCUACCUCGGGACCACUGAGCAGCCGUCAGAGUUCAUGGUGUCUGAUGUGCUCACCACAGACUCAAAGGGCUCCAUUAUCAACAGCCUGAGCUCCAUCGACCCCGUGCACAUCCCUGCAGGUUACAAGCGACUUCCUGCCAGCCAGGUCAAAGUCUGGAAGGUGUUCUCUCCCCAGCCGCUGUCCCAGGAGCAGCUGAAGCAUAUGUUCCUUUCUUGGGAUUCAGUUUCUGCAACACCAUGGCUGGCUUACCCCGCCUAUCGCCCUCCCCACCGCAGGACCCCUCCCUUCAUCCUGCAUGACCGGCUGUACUACCUCAACGCUGUGGAGUGGGCAGCAAGUGCCAUGGAGAUGAGCGCGAUCUCAGCCCGGAACGUGGCCCUGUUGGCCCACCACCGCUGGAACAGCCAGGGGGCAAAGAUUGACCAGGAGGACCUGCACACCCGCCUGAGAGGGGAACUCUGACAAGUGUCAAGUAGGGAUGUGACUACUUAUGCAAAAGCAGCAACAAUUCCAAUCAAACAUCUGUCACACAAAUACACUCAAGCACACAUGUACACACCUAGCAGCUACCACACCACACUGUAAUAACACUCCAGUUUGGGCAAUGUCAACCCUCUUAUCAGGUAUCUGGGGUGUUCAGCCCUCUUAAUCAGCUUAACACUAUUCAGUUCAUCCUUCUCAGUUUAUAUUAAAAAAAAAAUAAGGCAUCAGCGGCAACAAUAGCACAAAUCUCACUACGAAGUGGAACUUUGUACUGCGUUGAAUCUUGUUAUCACUGUGAACUAUGCAUAGUGAACCAUGCUGCACUGCAGGGCAGACAUCAAAAUGAUCUGUUUCCAUGUCCUGUACAAAGUUUAUUUUUGGAUAGAGCUUUAUGUGCAUUGCUGUUGUUGUAAACACGGUACAGCUAACAUCUUGGAAAUCCACUAGUCUUGGCCCGGUGGCUAACCUGUUCUGCAGUGUUCACUAAUACAUUUUUGUCCCUAUGCUGAUGGAUUGGUGUCUUCCAGUUGUUUGUGUCUCUCUACCUCUUCAGCACACUACUGUAUAUCUUGUUGAUAACUACAGGCAGCUUCCAUCAUGAGAGUUUUGCCAACAUCGUUUCUGUUCCCGGUAUAUUGUGAUAUGCAGUUAUCAACAAAAUUAACAAAUCCAUGUCUUUUCUUAUUGUUUAAUUGUACUAAUAAUAUAAAGACAGCCAUCAGAAAGAACCUAAUCGCACUGACCAGUUGAUGUCAUCAGUGUUAAUUUUUUAUCUUUUUGAAAUCGUUGUGGUGCCUUAAAAGAUAUCAUGGCAGUUGGCUUAUGUCUUUACCAGAUGCAAGUCUUCUUAUAACUUAAGAAGUGAUUUGUCUAUUGGGUCUUUUAAUGUCCUUACAAAGCAGAAGGAAAAUUGUGCCAUCAAAGAGAGUCUGACCACCAGGACCAAAGUAUUAUGAGAAUGAUGUGUUUCUGUAUAUUCUUGUAACAUACAUGGGAGACCUAGUUUUUAAACGGUCUGUAGUAGUGAUGUAUCAGUCACCAUCCUGGAGAUUGUCAGAUGCCAUUUUGUUGAAAUAUGCCUACCUAGUCAACUUUGAUGUUCUUUAACUACUUUGGGAAAAAGUGUAGCUUACUCAUUCUUUUUAAAGCACUUUUAGAGGUUUUUUUUUUAUUUUUUAGAUUUUCUAAGAGGUUUUCAGGUUGUUUGUGUGUGUGUGUAUGUGUGUCAAGACAUACUGUAGCAAAAACUGUAAUCAAUAGUGCACUUUAAAAUAUCGAAUAUGGUCGGCCCCUUAUAGAUACCCAAACAUCACUAAAAGAAAAACAAGGUAAUUUGUAGACCAACUGCUUCAGCACAAUUAAAAUGAGAACUUUUGUGUAAAAAAAAAAAAAAAAGCAUUAUACAUAUUUCAAGGUUUAAUGUCUUUAGCUCUAUUUGACAUGAUUUUAUUUGAUUCCCAUCUAUAUU